AUGUCGUUCGGCGCGGAGUUGCAAUCUGGAAGCUUGCUAGAGCAGCCGGACCAGGAAGAACCGCGACUCGAUUCGAAAGUGAUCCGCCUCAUGAUUACAGUAGAUACCCCCCAUCGCCAAGAAGGGCUACACGAAAGCAGGUUUAUUGAAUGCAUGGACUACUCCAUCUCCUCCUUUGAGGUGGAUCCGCGCGUUCAGCAAGCCAGUAGUAAACUUACUGCAUCGGUGGGUGCCGCAGCUCCUUCCCAAAAACCACCACCCAUCGCCCCUCGUCCGAUCACCCGUGGACUCGGGAGCUUCGUCCGGAAACUCAGUUUGAGAGCUUCCUCGAAACGAGACCUCAAGUUGAGCCCACCUUCCGGGUUAAUACAACUUGAGCAGGUGCCGCCAAAUUCUAGCUAUGUGGAUGCAGUAAACCUCUGUCGAAAAAAGUCUGACAAGUGCUCCAGGUUGAUCAGUCCCUUAGUAAUCGUGUCCGGGAAAAAUGAACCUUGGCGCGUGGGAUUUGGGAAGAAAACAUUUACUCCGUCAAGCCCGCUUAACUCGGCUGUUUCACCAAUAUCCUCGCUAUGCUCUUCAACUUCGGGUUCUUCAACUCAUUCCGAACUUCUUGAGACUCCACAAGACAAGCCAGAUGGUUCCACCGAAGCUGGGUUAGGUCGACCCGCUGUCCAGCGCAGUAACAGUAUAACGCAGUGUUGCAUCCCUCCACCUAUCUCGCUCCGAUCAACCAGCACAAGCUCAACGAACACAUCUGGUCAGACAUUUGAAGUAUUGAGCCGAUCCAACAUCUCCAAGAGCAAAAAUGGUUCUUCAGAUGGCAAGAACCUUAUUCCUACGUCCUUCUCAUUGUUCUCAAAGUCGCUCCCUCUACCAACAGAUCCGACAAAGACUGCAGCCGAGACAUAG